UUAGGCUCAAAGGGUUCUACGAAAGGCGCGUGAGUGUCGUCCUCGCAGUCACAGCUGGCACCUCCUUCWGACUUCAUUCAUUCGAUUUKUUUUUUCUUCCAUUCACGGAGGUAGAAAGGCCUGCUCGGAAGCCAUGGAGAGCGCUCUCCCUGCUGCCAGCUUCCUGUACUGGGUAGGCUUUGGCACCGUGGCCUACCUGUCCCUCCGCAUCUCGUACUCGCUCUACUCGGCUCUUCGAGUCUGGGGUGUGGGUAACGAGGCGGGGGUCGGCCCGGCGCUCGGUGAAUGGGCAGUUGUCACAGGUAGUACUGAUGGAAUUGGAAAAGCAUAUGCAGAAGAGCUAGCAAAUCAUGGAAUGAAGGUUGUCCUAAUCAGCCGAUCACAAGACAAACUGAACCAGGUUUCCAGUGAGAUAAAAGAAAAAUUCAAAGUGGAGACAAGGACCAUUGCUGUUGACUUUACAUCAGAAGAUAUUUAUGAUAAAAUUAAAACAGACCUGGCGGGUCUUGAAAUUGGCAUUUUAGUGAACAAUGUGGGAAUCUCAUAUGAGUAUCCUGAAUACUUUUUGGAAAUUCCUGACUUGGACAAUGCCAUUAAGAAACUGAUAAAUAUUAAUAUUCUUUCUGUUUGUAAGAUGACACGAGUGGUGCUGCCUGGCAUGGUAGAAAGGUCUAAAGGUGCAAUUCUGAACAUCUCCUCUGCCAGUGGCAUGUUUCCGGUUCCACUAUUGGCCAUCUACUCUGCGACCAAGGCUUUUGUAGAUUUCUUCUCUCAGUGCCUCCAUGAGGAGUAUAGAAGCAAGGGCAUCUUUGUGCAGAGUGUCCUGCCAUUCUACGUAGCUACAAAACUGGCUAAAAUCCGAAAGCCAACUUGGGACAAGCCCUCUUCAGAGACAUUUGUGAAAUCUGCAAUUAAAACAGUAGGCUUGCAGUCCCGAACCAAUGGAUACCUGAUCCAUUCUCUUAUGGGCUCAAUAAACUCCAUCCUGCCUUCUUGGAUUUAUCUUAAAAUGUCCAUGGGUCUCAACAAGUCCCUGAGGGCUCGCUAUCUGAAGAAAGCCAAGAAGAACUAAACGUCAUCCCACAGCCAGUUGCUUCUGCCUGUGCACAUUCGCUGCAGGGCACCCACCAGUCCCCAGAAGYUGCUGUUCUCAUUGCAGCAAUUGCUAACCUGGCCAAAUGUUGUCAUGAUUUGGAGGAAAAAAGAAGUUGCUUUUAGAAGUUCCCGACACAUGUUCUGGAUUCCACCAGAACUAAUUUUGAAGUUUAAUAUAAACACUCAUAUAAAAUGGAUGUAGAAC